AUGACCCAAUCCGACUCCCAGCAGACCACCUCCAGGCUGCCCGUCCAGCUCGAGAACGCUUACAACCACGAGUACAAGGGCGACGCCUCCAUCACCAUCGUGUGCGAUUAUGACGCCGCAGAGGACAUUGGCUUAAAAGCCAACGAAGAUGUACUGCGCGCCGCCAGCCCUAUUCUCAAAGCUCUCGUGAACAAAGUCAACUCACCAGGCAGCGGCGCUAGCUCGCCCAGGAGGAACGUGUCCAGCUCGGCGCUGCCGCAGCGGUUCCUCUCCGUGGACGACGACUGCGGCGACAUGGAGCUCUUUCUGCGCUUCGUGGACGCCGGCGCCUUUCGUCGCGCAACAUACUCUGCCCGUGACCUUCUCCGCAUCUCAGACCUGUACAACAAGUACCAGGUCCGCCCCCUCUUCCGCUCCAGCUUGAAACGCUACGUCGACGCACAUGCCGAGCGCCUCGUCGCUUCCCAGAGCGACACCGACGAGUUCCUUGUGCACGGCUUUGUCGUGCUCACCACCUUGGCCGACCACGUCCGCUCGGGCGCGCUUUGGCGCCAGCUCCUCGUUCUCCAGGGUACCAAGCCCACUGAGAACCCUCCCAUCUCGGGAUACUUCAACCCUUCCAAGCUCUCGCACGAGGAGGUGCGCGAGCUGGGCCCCGUCUUCCCCGUGCUGGUGUUUGUGGAGAACGAGCGCGCCAACGCUCACAACCACGAUAUUUCAAGCUUGUUUAUCAGCUUUACAAAGGAGGGAGAAAUGUGUUUUUACUGGAGCGACGAGCCGAACAACAUCAUCCACAUCUAA